AAAACAUGGAGUAGUUCAUAGAUACCAGAACCGAAAUGUCAAAAGUUAUUCGCUAAUUUUUUAACAAAACUCGACUUUUGAACAACGAUUUUACAGUGUCAUGUAAAAAACAGACUAAUAAUAUUAAUAUGGAUCACAACUUAAACGAUUCUUUGGUUGCACUUGAACGUUUACUAGAAGAGUUUUUUAAUCCCUUAACCAGCAACCUUCGAAAACAUGAAAUUGAACUUACCUUUGAAUCUUUCAAAAAUACGCAAAAUUCACACAAACUAUGUGUGUAUUUUGUAACUAACACAUCUAGUCAAUAUGUGACAAUGUUUGCCUUAUCUACAUUAGAGAACGUGAUAUAUAAACAAUGGGCGAACAUAUCUGUGCCUGACAAGGACUGCAUUAAAAGUGUUCUACACAAUUAUUUAUUAGAGAAAGGAACAACAACACCCCAUUAUUUAAGAGCGAAAUACGCCAAACUACUGGUAGAUAUAGCAAAACAUGAAUGGCCAUACCUAGACCCUAACUUUUUUAACAACAUACUAGAACUACUGAAAUCUGAACCGAACCAUUUAAUUGGCUUAGUAUUACUACGAACGACCAGCGAAGAGUUUAUGGGAGUGCAUAACUGUUUUACGAGCAAUAGAAAAGAGGAAAUCACAAGACUGUUGCAACCUUACAUUCCAGUGAUUUUCGAUUUACUAACAAACAUUCUAGAGAACUUGGGCACCAAACCAAGACAUUUGAGCACUGCCACACCGCCGCCUUCACCCACUCACCCCUCCUCACAACCUAACCUCAAUCAUCACCUCGAAACUGCCACCUUCAAGCCUGACUCGAAAGUUUUGAUCAAGGAGGCUCUAGAAACCGUACAGCAUUUGUUCACUUGGGUCGGUGUGGAGCAGAUACCAGUGAAACUUAUCGGAGCCAUAUUCAAUUUUACCUCAAAUAUACAGGAUGACGAUGACACUUGCGUGUUAGCCAUGUCGACAAUAAACGAGAUUUUUUACAGAAAAUGUGUUCCGCCAGGUUCACAGGACUUUUUUAAGCAGAUUUUUCACCAUACAGUUGCCUUGUUGAAAGAAAUUGUUCAUUCACCAACAUACAAAAUUGAAACAUUGGAUCCAUUAUUUGUGGAAAAAUUAUCAGAACUCCUUGUUCUACUAAUCGAACAGCACCUCUGGCGUUUCGAACUGGAACCGACGUUUUCAGCAAUGGAAUUUUUGUCCCUACUGUUCCAAUUGACAAUGCAGCUGACUUCAACGCAGUGUUACUUGAGAUGCGCUGCCAUCUGGGCUGCCUUUUUAAAACAAAUUAAGCCGGAAAACCCACACAAGUAUGCCGUGGUAUUGCAACAAUUAGUCGUUACUUUGCUGGGUAAAAUACAGUUUACCUAUAAUAGUCAGUUGAGUUUGAUAGAUAACUCUGAGCUAAAUUGUGAUAAUGAAACUGAAUGGCAAAUAUUUUUAAAAGCCACCAUUGAGAUUCUUGUAAUGGUAGCUGAAUUCUUUCCUCUGGACACCAUAAACAUGGCUAUGCUUCCCUGGGACACUUCCCAACACUGGUAUCGCGGACUAGAAUUGACCGUCGACCAUAAACACGGCACUCUGAACUACGAAGCGCUGAAAAACCUAAAUUAUGAACUUUAUAAGACUGAUAAUCUGUGUUACAUUCUUAAGGAUUUUUCGACAUUGACCCAAACAGUAGCUAGAUUAUGUUCAGUUAUUAUUGAAAAUACGGAAAUUUUAAAUUCAUCACCCCACGCCUUAACCUCUUUCGUUUCCAAACUACUGGAAAGCGGGGCAUUGGCUACAUCAGCAAGCUUUUAUAAUCUUAAAACGGGAGACUCGAGACUUACAGAAGCUUUUAUAGACGUGCAUAGUGAAAUUUUGGCCGCCCUGAAAACAAUCUUGAUAUGGAUGACGAGGGAAAGCAAGUUGAACAAUAGGGAUUUGGAAAUUCUAUUGGACAUCAGUCUACCAGUUCUACAAAGGGCCACUAAUGUGCCAGCGAAAAUUGCGUACUCAGCAGCGCACCUAUUCUUCACCAUCACCAACAUUGUUUCCUUUUCGGACUUGGUGGCGUUCCCUAGCGUUCCGCAGUUCGUACUAAUGGCGCCCUCUCUGAAAUUUGCCGAAAGCGAAACCAUGUUUGUGGUGUUUAACGCUAUAAGUACACUGUUAUUCAAACCAUGGAGGGAUAUGAACGAGGUGGAGUCGGGAAAAAGAACCGCGCUGGUUGAUAAUUUUUUUAAUGCCCUGACAAAAGAGUUUACCGAUCUUCCAAGGAACACGCCAGAGGUUAAAGUUAGGGAAGUUGCCAACAAGUUGUUCCCCGUUUUAACGCAUAUUGUGGAGAGUUUAAAGGAUUUCCCCAUGAAUUCAAAGAAGAUGCUGAAUUCUGUUAUCAUGAAUACAUUCUGCCAUGCAUCAACAAUCUGCCGAAAUUCUAUUUACACCGACGAACCAGGAUCUUAUGAACAAUUUUUUCUCACCGUUUUCGGUGUUUUGCAACCUGAAUGCCUUAAAAAACAUUUGGAGGCUUUUCUACAGGAAGGUUUCGACGGACAGAAUGCAAACCUGUCUGGAGUUGAUUCAGUCUUGCAAAUGCUAAACAGGGUUAUUGAAACACGGAGUACAGCCUAUAAAUCUUUAUUGCCAGCCAUUUUGCAAUUUUGUAUGGAUAUUACUUACCCUUCGGUGGCCAAUAGAGUCAAUGAACACCCCGAGGCGUACCAAUCAUUAGUGUUAUUACUUUACAGGAUUCUGCUUCACAGAUGGCAGUAUUUUUACAUGUCCCAAGUUAGGUUAGGGUAUUCCCCCGGUUGCAGCGAAAUGGAAGCAGGGCCGGAUUCGCCCCAGAAGCCCGAACAAUUAUUGGCAGUUUUAAAUGUUUUCGGGCAAGCUUUAGAGCAAAGCGAUAUUAACAUUUUUAGGUCUAGUUUGUUGGCUUUAGAAGACCUCAACAACAAGUGGAAAUUAUACCAGAAGAAUAUAUUUAGGCAAACUCUGGCCUAUAAUUUCUUGAACGUAUUAAUAAAAACCCUGAUUGAUAAAAGUAAAGAUCUUCUGGCUGAAGAUAUACAAGUGGCUGUUUUUAAUAUUGCUUCAGUUGAUUUAGGGUUGUUUUUUAAGUUUUUAGAACACUUAGUGGAGAGUAUGGAAGUUAUUGAUGCCCAGCAAGGGCACAUUUUGUUACAAAAUUUUGUUUAUAACCAUGAUAAGGAUAUGCCGACUUUUGUAAACCAACUGCAACGGUUUGUAAACGAUGUUCGACAGUACCGUUUGUGCCAUAGGACAUGAUUAAUUUAACUGAGUAGUGUUAGUUUUUGUAUACUUGUAUUACAAUGCUCAAUUGUAUUAUGUACAAUGAAUUAAACUUUUUAUACACAA